AUGGCUCGCUUCAUCUUCGCUCUUGCUGCACUUUGCGCUGCGACGGUCCAAGCUCAUCCGCAAGCUAGAGGCAAUUGCGGAUUUGCCUUCACCGCUUCUGGAGGAGGACAAGCUGGCGGAUGUGUCGGCGCUGGCGACACUGGAGGUGUUUCGAUUCCCCAGGGACCGUAUGUGCAGUUCGCCAUGGGUAGGGACUGUAAAGUCAGCGUCACCAAUGGCCCCAUCGAGGCGAGGUUCAGGGUGGCUUUUGCUCUUGGCAAUGAUAUCCCGUGA